GAACCCUAGAUUUGUUGGGAUUCCAAAGAUUUUGCCAAGGAAAUCGAAGUUUCGAUUGUUGGAAAGUCACUCAAGACCGAUGGACCCCAAUGACCCCAAAAUCGUUGAUGUCAACCUAGAACCAAGUGAAGAGAAUCUAGAUAACGAGGUUGAGCAUGAUUCAGGAAAUGAGGCACAAACCAAAUCUAUACCAAUUUCCAUUUAUUUGGGUGGGAGGGACAAGUUGACAUUGUUUGAACUUUAUACUAAGAUUGGUAUUGCUAGAUAUGAUGUCGAUAUGGUCAACCAAAUAUGUCAUUUAGAACCAAGAAAAACACUUACAGAUGGUUUGAAACCUAUUAAGAAUGAUGAUGACAUUAGGGAUGUUUUGGGGCUGUUGAAGGUGGAGAAAAAGGUUGAAAGCAGAGUAGAAAAUGAUCUUGUUGAGGUGAAAGGCAGAGUUGAAGAUGUUGGUCAUGCAAUUGAGGUUGAAGGCAAAGCUAAGGAUGCUGGUCAUGCAAUUGAGGUCGAAGGCAAAGUUGAGGAUAUUGGUAAUGAUGGUAAUGAUGGAACUAGUCUUGAAAUUCCCUCAUCUUCAACUAGUCACAAUGAUUUUGGUCCUAAGUAUUCAUUAGGCUCAGAUGAUGAUAUCAACUUCAUUUCAAUAAGUGAACAGGAUGGAAGUGAAGUUGAACACACUAGGAAAAGGAAGGGUAGGCACAAAGUUUUCAGCAAAAUAUAUGAUGACAUGGCAUAUAUUGAGUUAGGCAUGGUUUUUCUAAAUAAAGCUCAAUUUAAAAAAGCUGUGGAUAAAUUGAGCAUUAUCCAAAGAAGGCCAAUUAAGUGGGUGAAGAAUGAUAAGAAGAGACACAGGGUUAUUUGUAAAGAAAGGUAUUGUGAUUGGAAGAUUUUGUUAGCAUGGGAUAAGACAACCAAGACAUGGAUGGUCAAGACAUUUAACAAUGAACACACAUGUGAAUAGGGAUCGACCAAUCAGAGAUGUAAUUCAACAUUUGCAGUGAACCAUUUGUUCAAGACUAAGGGUUUUAUUGCCUUUUAUUUGAAAAGUGGACAUAUUUUUACUAAAAUAUGGAAUGAUUUGAAUGUGGAGUUGACUUGCAUCUACUGUAGGAUUAUUAAAAGGAGGCUGAGAAAAACGUUUGAAGGGGAUCAUUCCUUGGAAUAUAACAAGCUUUUUGAU